CUGGCUGAUGGUCUGAGGACAGGAGAGACGGAGUGAUGGAACCUGUGGAGACGAGGUCUGCUGUGCAGUUGACAAGGGAAUACCUGGAUGAACUGCAGAACACUGUGAAGAGUCUGCAGGAUCAGUCGACCAAAGAGGCAGUGAAGGUGAAGACCGAGACGGGAACAUCAGAGAUAUUCAACUCUCUGAUGGAGAGAGGCGACCUGGACUUCAUAGAACAGCUCUGGGUUCGCAUGAGGAACAGCGUGACUUCCUAUCAAGAUGUCGGAGACUGUCUGAAAAUGGUCAUCAAAGCUUUACAGUAUGGUGACAUUAAACCAUGGAUUCACAGAGACAGCAGUAGCUCCCUCAGUAAGCUGAUCCUUCAGUCAUACCACCAUCAGAUGGAUCACGUCUCUCUCACAGGUCUCACACCUGUUCACAUGCUGCUGGAGAUGGGCCUAGACAAGAUGAGGAAGGACUACAUCAACUACCUCAUAGGUCAAGAACUGACCACACUAAACCACCUGAGUUACUACCUGAGUACAGUGGAGGAUCUUCAGGAACAGGUGAUCAGGUUGAGGAAACUGCACCACCUGCUGGAGAUCAUGGUGACGUGCAGCACCUUCCUGGGCCUGCCGUACGACAGACUCUUCCUCCUCACACAGUUGUGUUUGCAGUACUACAAGACAUGUCCCUAUGACGAGGACCACGAGUUCAAACUGCAGAUCAAACCUGCCCUGAUCAGCCACUUCACCAAAGUUGUCCACAGAUCACUGCUCUCAUUAGUUAAAAUGUGUCUUUUCAUAAGGUUGUAA